AUGACCGACCUGCGCCCGCCUGAGCCACUGCAAGUGGGCGACAACGCAGCGGCGUCCUGGCAGACAUUCAAGCAACGCAUCGAGCUGUACCUGAUAGCAACUGAGCCCACGAAGCCGCGCAGUGUGACAUUUGCAAGAAGUUUGCUUACCGACAGCCUGACGAGCCCCUGUGCCAGCGCACCGUUCCAGACAUGCCAUGGGUCCAAUAGACUCGCCGAGAAGGGCGUACAAGUGGUCAAGCGGCUUCUUGGCAAGACUGUGAGCAAGAAAGGGGACUUCUAUUUGGGCCUUCUCAAUUACAGGGAAGGUCGCUGUGCCUACUGCAUACUUCUCGUGUUCGAGUUCUGGGCGCUGAACGUGAUCCCAGCGCCCGUGGCGUCGUCGGUGCCCUGCGUGCUCCUCCCGCUUCUGGGCGUCAUGGACCCAGACCUCGUGGCCGCACAUUACAUGAACGAGACGAUGCUGUUCAUCGUGGGCGUGGUCCUCCUCGCGCUGGCCAUGGAAGGGACCAACAUAUACAGCCGCGUGGCGCUCGCCAUCCUGGGCGCGUGCGGCGCCGGCGUCAAGGCCGUCUUCACGGCACUCAUGGCGCUCGCGUUCUGCGCCACGCUGCUCUUCGAGAACGUCCUCUCGACGCUCAUCGUGAUGCCCGUCGUCGAGUGCACCAUGGUGGAGAUCGAGAACGACGCGCUGACCAGCGCCACGCGUCGGCGCAUGCUGCGCAGGGCCUCGGUCAUGGCACGCCUCACGAACCAGCAGCCCGAGCCGUGCGACCAGCCGCCGCUACAGGCGCUCGCGGCCUCGGCGUCACAGCCCAUCGGCCCCGGGCCGAUGACCCAGAUGUCUCGCCGCAGCAGUCGCGGCAGUCGCGGCAGUCGCGACAUCAUGUGGACACCCGAUUCGGGCAUGUCGUCCGCCUACGCCAGGGGAGCGUUGGGUUGCCGCAAAAGGAGCAGCGUUAUAAGCCUGGAAUUCGCCGCCAAGUUCGAGCAGGAGGCCCAGAAGUACCUGCUGAUCCGGCGAGUCCUGCUCCUGUCCGUCGCCUACUCCGCAACUCUUGGCGCCGUCGGCUCGGUCUUUGGCAACCCGGCGUCUCGGGUCCUGCGCAUGGUGCUUGAAGAGCGGUACUCGUACGACCGGCUUACCAUGAUGUCAUGGCUCGUCAUCUGCCUGCCUAUCUCGGCCGCCGGCAUCCUGGCCUGCUGGAUGGUCGUGUUUGUGGUCUUCCUCAAGGAAUACGACUGCGAAGAGGACGACGAGACGAAGGAAAGCAUAGCGAAGAUCCUGGAAGAAAAAUACCACGCUCUCGGGAGAUUCAGUAAGCUGGAGUACUUCGUCAUGGCCUGCAUUCUUGGGCUUUUCCUCGUGCUUCUGCUCCGCUCCGAGUUUGCCACUCCGUUCGCGGUGCCAGAAGAAUUUGGACUGUUGUAA